CGUGCAAGUGCUUUCCUGGGGAUAAACUUCUUCUCCCUCCUCCUGCUCCAUUGAUCUCAGGCCCUGUGGUGGCAACUGCUCUACCUGAUGAAAAUGUUUAGAAGAUGAGGGACAGGCAGUCCCCUGUGACGCACAACUGGGUCUCUCCUUUGCCCCUCCAAUGGAUAAUUAAACACACUUCUGAGUGCACGAGGCAGGCGCUAGCCUCCGGGCUCAGCCUGAUCGCCUUCAUCCUGCUGCUGAUCAUGGCCUUCUCUACGAAAUGGCUGUGCCUGCCUUCGAUCCGCUUCUACCAGCGCUGGCCCGCAAACGCCAGUAACGGAAUUUACACAUCAGCUGUUGUCAUGUCCAUGGGGCUCCUGCACAUCUGCAGGUCUGAGGGCUGUCCCGGCUCAGACGACAGCGAAGUUGCCUUCAUUUUCUCCACCCUCUUGUUGUUUCCUAUUAACGUCUGGAUCUUUGAGCUGAAGAGGAACUUAUCAAUCCCCAUUGGAUGGAGCUAUUUCAUUGGUUGGGUGGUGUUUGUCCUCUAUGUCACCUGUGCGUUCCUCUGCUACUUCAACAAUAAAAAUUUCUGGAGUCUGAUUUUGAGCCAUUCCCCUGGCACUGUGUCCUGCAGCAGCAGUACCAGGGCAAUUUCUCUGAAUGACCCAAUAGUCUCAAACAUCUCUGUCAUCCAGAAAGGAGUCCUGGAUCCUGAGCAAGAGAAGGGAUCUCUGUAA